AUGUUAUUAAUCUGUGUUUGUCUAGCAUGGAGCCUGGGGUUAGUACGUGCGCUAUCAUGGUCUCCGCGUGUUCCCGGACACUGCGCUCUGCCUGUCGAUGUUGCUCCAUUUGUCAGCUUCUUAGCAUCGAUUUUCUUCGGGGAACGGUCAGUUACCAUGACAACGACCUCGCCGAGCUGUUCCAUUCGACCAGUGUAUUAUAACACCCCCUGCAAUGUCCGCAUUGUUUAUGACAUAAGUUCCGUGUUCUGGUUGUACGACUGCGUCGUUUCCAGAUGUGACAGAUGGGAUUGUUUCAAUUUUGGGUGAGGGGCGUGUGUUAUCGAUUUGGCUGAUCUCGUCUCACGCCCCCAGUGGCAACAUGGUGUAGACGCAAGACCUAACUCCCACGUCGGGUGACAGUGAUGUGGUGGCGCGGGUCCAGGACGUUAAUGAUGGUGUUGCUGCUAGCGGUGGUGUGUUACACGUCCAUACGACUAGUCAGCGUCACGAUGGAGCUAGAGAAUGUCCGGCGAGGUCACAAGGUCACCUUGGUCGACAACAGUCGCCCUGUCGGCCUCGUCCCUGUGCCACACAAUUCCACCAACAGUACCGGCUAUAAAUACACUUUCAAAUACUCCAGUUUUCCCCAAUAUAAAGACUUUCCUAUAGACUGCCGACGUAUGUUCGAGGGAGACAUGGUGGCCUGUGAAAAGGCUGGCGAGAUCAGGAAGAGCGUGGCAUACAAACUACCCUCUGACCAUGAUGUCUACAAGGAAGCCAUCUUCUGUGAAAGCUUUAUUGCUAGACAUGGCUAUGGGAGUUCCCCAGUGUCCGAGGAGGAGAAGGCGUUUCCUAUUGCCUACAGCAUAUUGUUGUACAAAGACGUGGCCCAGGUGAACCUCCUCCUGAAAGCAAUCUAUAGAUCUCACAACGUGUACUGCCUACAUGUUGAUGGUAAAAGUGACCAAAGCGUUCAUCUUGCUGCCAAAGCAGUGUCAGAUUGUUUGAAGAAUGUGUUUAUUGUUUCCAAGACAGAGUCGGUGGUGUAUGCCGGUUUUACUCGUCUCCAGGCUGAUAUAAACUGUAUGGCAGAUCUCACAGCCUCGCCUGUUGAUUGGAAGUAUUUCUUAAACCUUCCGAGUCAGCAAUAUCCAUUGAAAACGAAUGCGGAGAUCGUGAAAAUAUUAAAGAUUUACAAUGGCUCUAAUGAUAUUGAAGGCAUUACCGGUGCUAGAAUGAUCAGCGACCGAUUUAUCCACAAACAUGUGUAUAUCAAAAAGACCAAUUCAAAAAUAUUGAUAAAGAGAACGGAAGAGAAGAACCCCCCUGCGCCUCACAACAUUACAAUAGUGAAGGGGAGCGCAUACGGAGUGUUUUCAAGAGCUUUUGUAGAUUUUAUUUUGAAUGACACUCGGGCCAGGGACCUGCUACAGUGGAGCAAGGGUGUUUUAAGUCCAGACGAAUACUACUGGGCAACGCUACAUCACAGCGCUAUUCUAAACCCCCCUGGAGGGUACACAGGCAAGCCUGACGGCAAGGACUGGUUAGCGACGUACGCAUCUUGGGCACCGGAGCACUGUGCUGGGCGCCGUCUUCGAGGCGUGUGUGUCUUCACAGAAGGAGAUCUGUCUUUUCUUGCAACUAAACGGGCGCUGUUUGCCAACAAGUUCUUGGUCCCUGGCAGUUCAGUAGCCCUCAUGUGCCUGGAACAGUGGAUACACAACAAAAGUCUAUCUGAUCUUCCAUUUGAUUCUUAUUAUUAUCAGCAACUGCCAUUUGUGAAACACUAGCAACAGCGGCACCAACAACGCGCAUACACAGAACACGCGACUCAGUUGACUCCCAGAUGUAGCUUAGUGGCGUCAUCAGUUGACUCUCGGAUAAAGCUUAGUGACGUCAUCAGUUGACACCUGGGACAAAUGGAAAUGUUUACGUAAUAGUGUGAUUCAUAGUGAUCCAAAGUGAUUCAAGAAGCAAGACAGCGGAUCAGCGCCUGACGUGGGGUCCCCCCUACACCAGCAAUACUUGGGUAGAGCAAGACAGCGCAUCAGUGUUUAUCGUGGACCCCCCCCCCCCCCCCCCAUCAGCAUUACUGUGUAGAGCAAGACAGCACAUGAGUGUUUAACUUGAUACUUACCUGGUAUAUCUUCUAUCUCUACAUUAGUUGAGAUCCAGCCAGACAACCUAAUACUUAUCUGGUGUCUCUUCUAUCUCUACACUAGUUGAGAUAGAGCCGGAAAACUUGAUAGUUACCUGGUAUCUCUUCUAUCUCGACACUAGUUGAGAUAGAGCCGGAAAACUUGAUACUUAUCUGGUGUCUCUUCUAACUUUACAUUAGUUGAGGUAGAGCCGGAAAACUUGAUACUUAUCUUGUGCCUCUUCUAUCUCUACACUAGUUGAGAUAGAGCCAGACAACUUGAUACUUAUCUUGUGCCUCUUCUAUCUCUACACUAGUUGAGAUAGAGCCAGACAACUUGAUACUUAUCUUGGGUCUUUUCUGCAUGUUAGAGUGUAGGAUGCCUGGCACGAGUCAGAGUGACUUAGACUUAAACUGUGAUAGCUGAUGCAACGACGUUACCAAUACCACCAGCGACUUCAACGAAACUUUCCCAACCAGUUGUUUAUAGCUUUCGUUAUAAAUCCAUUGAAGAAAUGACCGAAGAGCCGGAAAACUUGAUACUUAUCUAGUGUCUCUUCUAUCUCUACACUAGUUGAGAUAGAGCCAGACAACUUGAUACUUAUCUGGUAUCUCUUCUAUCUCUACAUUAGUUGAGAUAGAGCCAGACAACUUGAUACUUAUCUUGUGCCUCUUCUAUCUCUACACUAGUUGAGAUAGAGCCAGACAACUUGAUACUUAUCUUGUGCCUCUUCUAUCUCUACACUAGUCGAGAUAGAGCCAGACAACUUGAUACUUAUCUUGUGCCUCUUCUAUCUCUACACUAGUUGAGAUAGAGCCAGACAACUUGAUACUUAUCUGGUAUCUCUUCUAUCUCUACACUAGUUGAGAUAGAGCCAGACAACUUGAUACUUAUCUUGGGUCUUUUCUGCAUGUUAGAGUGUAGGAUGCCUGGCACGAGUCAGAGUGACUUAGACUUAAACUGUGAUAGCUGAUGCAACGACGUUACCAAUACCACCAGCGACUUCAACGAAGCUUUCCCAACCAGUUGUUUAUAGCUUUCGUUAUAAAUCCAUUGAAGAAAUGACCGAAGAUACCCAACCACAAUUAGCACCGAAGACGACUUUGUCACGAAACACUAUAAUAAUGUCUCUUAGCAGUGGGUGGACGCCAACAAAUCAUCUCGAGGACUGGCAUCUAGAUCUUACAAAUGCAUUGAGAUACUUCAGGUUGAUCCAAACAAUACUUAGAUCACAAUCCCUGUAGUUAAGUGUCACCCAGUAAGAAGAAGUUUCGUCAACUAGCCAAUGUCCUUGAGAGGUAGAAGAGACAACCUCUCGCCAACCAGAAACCAGUGAACGAUUAUCACAAUGCUGUUUCACUUUUAGAUGUACUAUGAAAUAUGUCAUUUUCAGAUGUGGAAGGAAAACGUAUGUGUAUUGUGUAUUUUUCUGUUGCAAAUUGUUAUGUAUGUGCUACAAGCAUCCGCCGGUCCCCGACAGUGUUUGAUAUGAGCGUAAGCUUAAACAAAACCGAUGGGCACUAUCCCUUGGCCAGGUGUUGGAGAAGCAAGAAGCACCGUCUUCUGCAUCCAAACGGGGCAUUCGCAGGACGUCGAUCUGUUGACCAAAAUAAUUCACGCGAAUAAUACAACUACAACUACUACUAGUGUGUAUUGAUCGAACUUCAACUUGUCACGUCAGUUUACGCAAUACCAUCCAGAACACGAUAAUACAGACAGCAUUAGUUGUAUUCUGAAGGUUUUAGGUCACAUCCAAUAUAACACUGAUUGAAAAAGAUGUUCGAAAUAAAAAAAAUCAAGAUUUCACGUUUAUCCGCUUUUAUGAGAUUUAUGAAAGGUAUUUGUAUUUGUAAACCUGCUAGAUUUCCAAGAGUGAAUCUACUUCGAUAUUCUCUCCUUUGUCAACACAAAUAAUGAUGAUGUCAUUGGCGGGCGUUGGACACGAAUGAAAAAAAUAUCAGCUCGGAAUACCUAAGGAGGAGUUCUAAUGAUUGAAAUACGUUUUUAAUGCUAUUGCACACUCAAUCAACUCUCCACAAUACCAUAAUGAUACCAUACAAAAGGAUGCCAACUUUCCCUUUAUGUCGACCAAUAUUACAGUAGCUCCGACAUUUGGUGUUUACAUUUUACCAUGUUUUAGGUUUAAUCGAGCAUGCUCUAUCUGGGAAGAUUCUAAAGAUCAUCAUGCGACUCUUGCUAUAAAAAUUGUUUGAUCAAGUAUACAACAUUCAAAAUAUAUACUCCUUGCCAUUUUGGAUAUAUACUGAACAACAAAAGUUCCUGUGACAUUGAAUAAGAUUUAAUGCAAAGUUAUGUUUUUUACC